GAGGCAGGUGUGUUGAGCUAAAGUUUAUGUAACAGGGCUUAUAAAUGCUGCAUGUCUUCAUUCUCCUGCUCGAAGUAGACAGAGGAAGACCGAGUUAAACACGUCUAACUGAUCAUCUAACUUAAGACAUGGACAAGAUGAAGAAGCCACUUGACCAAGUUUUGUGUGAGUGUUAUUAUCAUCCGGAUGAUGAUGGUGAAGAUAAAGAUAUCACAUGGUCCAUAAAGAUAUCAUGGAUCAACAUUUCACAAAGGUCAACUCAAGAAGUUAGGUAUCCAUGAGUUCUGUAACUACUGUCUAAGUGAGACCUUGAAGCAGCAAUGUCCGGUCUACAAUCAGAUCUUGGAGCAGUACCCACUGGACAAGGAUCAGGCAGUCUCCAAGGUGUCACCACCUGAGGGACGUGUGUAUCAGAUGAGCAGCAAGCCACGAGGCAUCUGUCUGAUCAUCAGCAACAAGGACUUUGGGGGACAAGGUGACAGACAUGGAACAGACAGGGAUGUUGAAUCUCUGUCGAGGGUGUUCAGCUGGCUGGGGUUCAGAGUGCUGCUGUGUGUGGACAAGACUGCACAGGAGAUGAAGGAGGUGCUGGAGGCCAUCUCCAAUCUGAUGUAUCCAUACAUACAGCAGUGUGGCCUGUAUGAGUACAACGAAGCCAAAGGAAACCUUACUCCUCUCAAGGGGCUUCUACAUCAUGGAGAUGCCUUCGUCUGCUGUCUGAUGAGUCAUGGAGGAAAGACAGGUGUCUGUGGUGUGGACGAUGAAGAACUUCCCAUGGACCAGAUCCUCUUACCAUUCAACGGUGUGAAAUGCCCAGCCCUCAUCGGCAAGCCUAAGGCAUUCUUCAUCCAGGCAUGUCGGGGGAGGGCAAAAAUGCGAGGAAAGCAGAUGGAUCUCAGUGGUGGUAGCAAAUUACCUACAACUGACCCUGAGACACAAAGAUGCUUCAUACCAUCCGAGGCUGACUUCCUGGUUGUCAGGUCAACCGUGCAGAAUUAUGUUUCCUAUAGAACUGCAGAACUUGGAUCCACAUUCAUCCAGACUCUGUGCAGCCAGCUGAUCUCAGACUGCCCCAGAGGUGAAGACAUUCUGACCAUCCUGACUACAGUCAAUGACAAAGUGAGCCAGAAGGGAGACUCCGCCAACAAACAGGUCUCUGAGGGCAGCUUCACCCUGAGGAAGAGGCUGGUGUUUCCUGUUUAGCUGCCCACCCAGGCCCAGGAUGGAGCACCCAGGAUGGUCUGUGGUCCUCAGGGGCGUGUCCAGGGGCGUGUCACCUCUAGAUGCAGUUCUCUGGACAAACCCUUAGAUGGCGCUCUAACACCUCCAGAUGCAAACACAGAACAAAACAGAUGUUUUUUCUGAAUAUUUUAUUAUUGAAGUGUAACAGUUUAGUAAUGCCUCAGGGAUUAAUAGGGAGCCAUUCAUAACCUCUUUUUAGGUUUGUUUCCAGAGCUGUGUUAAAGGGCACCAGCUGCACAUUAUACUGUACAAAUGAACUUCAAACAAGCAGACACACUUGUGCAUUAUCCUAAUUAAAUAAAUAUAUAAUGACAAAAAGGAAAUAAAUAUCAUUUAAAAGUA